AUGUCCGGCCCGGCCGUCGACUACCCCUCGCCAGCUUCACGCCGCGCAUCUGAGUGCUUUUCUGAGAUCAGCACAAUUGAUAGCCGGAGGGGGAGUCUGGCCAGUUUUGGUUCGGAUGUGGAGACUAGGCCGCAAUGGCAUCUCACAGCAAGUGACUCUGGCAACUCGAAAAGUCCGCUCGCAAACCUGGGCUUCUUGAAAAACUUGACCGAGAAGAAGACUACAAGAGAUGGACAACCGCCUAAAAGGAGAGGCCCUAAACCGGACAGCAAGCCAGCGUUGACUCGCAGGCAAGAGCUGAAUCGUCAAGCCCAGAGAACGCAUCGAGAGAGGAAAGAAAUGUACAUUAAGGCCCUUGAGCAAGAAGUGCUUCGUUUGAAAGAUACUUUCACCAGCACAGCGCAGGAGCGUGACGCCUUCGCGCAAGAAAAUCGAAGACUCAGAGAGUUACUUAUCGCUCAUGGCAUAUCUUUCGACGUUUCGAGCACUGUCACCCAUGGCUUGCCUCAUAUGGGUGGCUCCUCAUACGGUGACAGUUCGGCAGGGAGUGUAUCGGGAGGUUAUGGACCUAGUUCGAACUCAACGGGGUACACGUCGCCUCCCACCAUGCCGACUCAUCCGAGGGGUUCGAUAUCUGCGCCCGGCCAGUCAGCCUCUCCCCAGCAAAAUCAAUCAUCCAACGCGGCGAUGGAUUAUGAUCAGAUUGGGAUAGAUUUCGUUUUAACUCUAGAGCGACCUUGCAUGGACCAUGUCCAAUACCUGAUGGUGCGGGCACAUGAUCCGGAAAACGAUUUCAUCAGUGGACACGCCCUGAUGGCAUCUUGCCCACCAGCAAGUCACAUCGCCACUAAAACGAAAGAGGAUUAUCCACAUCAAAUGCCAGACAUUCAGAUGCCGGAUUUAAUGAAGUUGCUUGACCUUAGCAACAGACUCCCCCUGGACGGGGAGAUCACACCAAUCAUGGCUUGGGCUAUGAUACUGCAAGACCAGAAAUUUCACCAGCUGACCGCUGAGGACUUUUCCGUGCUCAAAGGAGAACUCCUCGCCAAGGUGCGAUGCUACGGAUUCGGUGCAGUCCUCGAAGAGUUUGAGGUGCGUGAUGCUUUGAUGACCGUGCUCACUGCACGACACUCGAGUCACGAGCCCAUGGGCUGA